AAAAGCACAGAUCGUGAAUAAAUCGCAUUAGUGGUCACAUCGUAAUCCAAAGCUUCCACAUACUAACAGAUCUAGCAUUUAAGCUUUCCACCCGCAUUCCGGAUCAUACGAGCCCAGUACUUACUUACGACCUGGAUCUGCUGAUGAUCUAGCCUCUGCAACUCUCCCAGGCAGAAGCGUUAACUAGUUAUUAUUCCAUCCCCGCUUGAACAUCUAUUUACCAUAAAACCAUAUCCUAUGACUAUAUCUUCCAUAUAACAUAGCCAUUACAUCCUCCCCAGCUCAUAUACCUCGACUAACUUAAACGCUAUUAACCAUGUCUGACAACACACCCAGCUACAAGGUCGCUCAGGCCGUCGGGAUCCUCGCUUCUGCUUUUGCUUCCGGCGGUAUAUUGAGCCUCUCCACCCUCACCAUCCCAGCACUCACCCUCCCCGGACGCUCCGAGACCAUCAAAUCCGAUACUCCCGCCUCAAGCCCUUCACACAUCACGCAUCAAUGGCUCAAUGUCUACGAUAAGGGGAAGAUAAUCUUUCCUUCGCUGGCGCUCACUUCGGCAGUGGCGUAUUCGUAUCUGGCUUAUACGCUCCGACACACCGCUAGCGCUGGAAGGGUGGGGAGAUUGUAUCUGAUCGCGGCCGCGACGACUAUCACCAUUGUGCCGUUUACGUUGGGUGUGAUGUUACCGGUGAAUAAGAGACUGGAGGCGCAUGCUACGAGGGAUGAUGCGGCGGAGAAGGAAGGGAAGGAAGGGAUGGCGAUGAGUGCGGAAGAGGAGGCGAAGAGGGCGAGAGAGGAUACGGAGGUACCGGGCUUGUUGGAGAAGUGGUCUUAUUUGAAUGCGGGGAGGUCGGUUUUUCCGCUGGCUGGGGCAGUGAUUGGGAUUACUGCGGUGUUGUUUUAUUGAGACUAUGGCUGCUGGGGUUCUGUUUGGGGUGACUAUGAGGACGAACUGGAGGUUGCUUAAUCUCUUUUGUUUUUUAUGAUAACGAAAAUAUGGUUUGGCUUAUACUUGAGAAUAUUGUAUUAGAGAAAUU